GCUUCCCCGAGUUCCGCCCCUCCUUCACUUCACGUCAUGCCCCGCCCACUGGCACAUCCCCUUCCGCUCUACGCUGCGGCUGCGCAGUCCGUACCAUCUUCUAGACUCCUGGGCCCCGUUGUGUGCUCUCUGAUGCAGGUUUACUGUUCCAGCAUGUGGAGCCGACAGCGGGGCCGCCUCAAGCCGUUAUGCUGCGGGGUGGAGGAGCUGCGGUGCCGCCGGCGGGAGCGGGAGGCAGCACUGCGGAAGGCACGGAGAGAGCAGCAGCUGGUCAGCAAGAGGCUGCUGAGAGGCGAAGCCUUGGAGGAAGCCGAGGAGGGAUGUGUGGCCAUGAUCUUCGGGGAAGCCGAGAUCCAGCAGUUCCUGCAGUUAGCCCAGCGGGGGACAGAGGAAAAGGAGAGAGAGGGGGCUCUGGUCAGCCUUCGGCGAGGCUUGCAGCGCCCUGAGACGCAACAGACCUUCAUCAGGCUGGAGGGCAGCAUUCGGACCCUAGUCGGGCUCCUGACCAGCAACCAGGCCCUGCUGCAGCUUGAGGCGGCUCGGUGCCUUCAUGAGCUCUCUCACUCUGAGCAGUCUGCAGUAGUUGAGGCCUGCCUGCCAGCCACUUCCUACCUUCUCACCUACCUCUCCGGUCACAGCUCAGACUUUAUAGAGCUCUGUCUGUAUACACUGGGUAACCUGAUUGUGGAGAGUGAGGCUGUGAGAAGGCAGCUCCUGCCACAGGGCAUUGUUCCGGCCUUGGCUGCCUGCAUCCAGUCUCCCCAUCUGACUGUGCUGGAAGCUCUUGGUUAUGCCUUGUCCCAGCUUCUUCAGGCUAAGGAAGCUCCAGAGAAGAUCAUCCCCUCUGUCCUGGGCUCCACUCUCCCACAACAUAUGCUGCAACUGUUGCAACCUGGCCCAAAGCUAAACCUUGGAGUAGCUGUGGAGUUUGCCUGGUGCCUUCACUACAUCAUCUGCAGCCAGGUCAACAAUGCCCUGCUCAUCACCCAGGGUGCUCUGUCCACCCUGGGGCUGCUGCUGUUGGACUUGGCUGGGGCUGUCCAGAGAACUGAGGAUGCAGGACUGGAGCUGCUGGCAUGCCCUGUGCUUCGGUGUCUAAGCAACUUGCUAACAGAGGCAGCAGCAGAGGCUGUGGGAGGGCAACUGCAGCUCCGAGAUGAGCGUGUUGUGGCAGCCUUAUUUAUCCUUCUGCAGUUCCUCCUCCAGAAACAGCCCAGCCUGCUUCCUGAGGGCCUCUGGCUCCUUAACAACCUCACUGCAAACAGUCCUAGUUUCUGCACCUCCUUGCUCUCCCUGGAUCUGAUUGAGCCCCUCUUGCACUUGUUGUCUGUAUCUAAUGUGGUGAGCGUGUUGGUGCUCACGGUUCUGUGCAACGUUGCAGAGAAAGGUCCUGCUUACUGUCAGCGUCUAUGGCCAGGGCCCCUGCUCUCCUCCUUGCUGGACACGUUGGCCUUCUCUGACACUGAAGUAGUAGGCCAGAGUUUGGAGCUGCUGCAACUGCUGUUCCUCUAUCAGCCAGGGGCUGCCCAGGCCUUCUUGCAGCAGUCAGGGCUGCAGGCCCUACAAAGGCAUGAGGAGGUGGCACAACUCCAGGAUCGUGUGCAUGCUCUCCAGCAGACAGCUCUUCAUGGGUGACUUGACUUCUCAAAGUCAUGUACUCCACUCCCCAUCUCCCCCACUCCCCAGCCAGAGCCCCUUUGGGAGGUUUAGAACCAUAAUGACAUCAUGCCCUCUGCUCCCACACCGAAGCCUAAGUCAAGAUCUCUGGAUCCCAGCUCCUCCUGUUUUACCCAGCAGUGUCCAGGCGGGAGGACCAGAGGGAACCCAGUGUGGCCUACUUAAUCUGGGUCCAUAGAAUCUCCUUUUUUCUUAUUUUUUUUUUUCUUCAGCAGCUGGUGGCUUUUGAUGGGAUGGAAUAAAAUAAGUUUUAUUUUUAUAUUCAGCUGCUUUGCCUCAUUUGAUUGCACAAUAAGGGGUAGUCGGUGGAAUGAGAAACAGAACAUCCUGAGACAGCAUUUUCAGCACAAGCUUUAUAAAGAGCAGCAGAACACAUUUCUCCACAUUGUACUCAGUCCAGCAGAGCUCAGGCUCUGGGGCUCUUGCUCUUAAUCCUCAG